AUGAAUGACCAACAUGAGAACGAUCAAGCUAUUGAUGCAGCAUUGAAACAAUUAAUCGCCGAACAGGUCAACAAUGCUCUCCAAGCUUUUGUCAAUAGGUUGCCAACUAUACCACCAACUCCACCUCCAAACAACAUUGCAACCAUAGAGAAUCCACGCUCGGGACUUGCUAAUUCAGGCAGCGGAGGAACUCCUAGCAAAUCUCGCGAUGGAGGGCCAGGUAAGUUCUUAGGUUUCCUUGUUUCAAACCGUGGAAUUCAAGUAAAUCCCGCGCAGAUUAAAGCUAUUGAAGAAAUACCGGAUAUACUCACAAGCAAAAAAAAAGUGCAAAGGUUAACAGGUAGGAUAACAGCGUUGGGAAGAUUUAUUUCUAAAUCAUCGGAGAAAAGCUUUAAUUUCUUUUCAGUUUUGAAAAAGCAAAGUCAAUUUGAAUGGACUGAAGAAUGUCAGCAAGCGCUCAAAAAUAUAAAAGCAUACUUGUCAAACCCACCCUUGUUGGCUAAACCAAAGGAUGGGGAAAAGUUGCUCAUCUACCUCGCCGUUUCAGAAGUGGCGGUAAGUGCUGUAUUAGUUCGAGAAGAUAGAGACUUUAGCCCAGGCAUGGUAACAGAAGCGGAAAAAGAACAACAGGUCUUUAACGUGUCUAAUCCAGGUACUUGGACCCUGUUCACUGAUGGUUCUUCAAAUGUAAAAGGAGCGAGGUUUAGAAUUGGCACGAGAGUCAGAAUAGAGCAGGUCAUAGUCAAAAGCAACUCGCAACUCGUGGUUAAUCAAAUGCAGGGGACUUAUAUAGGUAGAAAGGCAAGGAUGCAGCAGUAUUCGGAAAAGGCACAACAUUUGGUAACACAAUUCCAAACUUGGAAAAUCGUGCAGAUACCAAAAGACGAGAAUGUUGAAGCAGAUGCGUUAGCUAAUCUUGCAUCCGCUGCAGAAGUGACAAAUGAAGAUAAUGCUUCUUACGGAAUACUACCUGAGGAUAAGAAAAAGGCUCAGUCACUUCGUCGAAAGGCUGCUCGUUACUAUUUGGAUCGAGGCAAUCUAUAUCGAAAAAUGUUUGGUGUCCCUCUAGCAAGGUGUCUCGGACCUUCUCAAACAGAGUACGUGAUGAUAGAAAUACAUGAAGGACAUUGUGGGAAUCAUGCCGGAGGAAGGUCCUUGAUUGCUGCAGCUAAUACCAUUCUGUACACUUCUGCUCCUGCACUCUUUCCUGCUGCCUUCUUCUCUGUCUACUGA